AUGUCCUCUCGGGAUCCCCCUCCGCGAACGGACAAGCCCAGCAUAGUUGUGCAUAUUGACGGCGCUUGUCGGAACAAUGGCAAGCUAGGUGCUCAAGCAGCCUAUGGAAUCUACUUCGGUCCCGGGUCCAGUUACAAUACCUGCGAUGUCAUCCCUCCGACCAUUCCACUAACCAGCUCUCGUGCAGAAAUCGAGGCUUUGGUCCAAGCCCGGGAGCUCGUUAGUGACAUCGCGAAGGCUGACCCCUCCAUUGACCGAGUCAUAUUUGUGUCUGAUUCGGACUACCUGGUCAAAUCUAUAAAUUCUUACAUGGACCACUGGGCUACCAAUGGUGGAUUGACGGUGCAGGGAAAUCUGGUUAAACACUUCGCGGCGCUCAAAGGACUACACGAGGAUUUUGAAUCUUUAGCAGACCGCGGCAUCUCAUACGAUCUCUUUCAGCAGCCCCGCCGGCUAAUCGUUGACGCUGAUGAUCUUGCCAACAAAGCAUUAGAC